AGGAAGUAGUCAUGUAUAAAUAGGCCACAAGCUGGUCAGACUGCAGGUUGUCUUCUUACUCUUGAGUUGGCUCAAAGAAUGGCUAGAAGAAAGGCUGAUGUUGCUAUUUCGAUGGAACAUCUGGGAGGUGGCCCUAUAAUCAUUAACAGCAGGAAUGCUACUGAUAAAAAUGGUCGCACAAAACUUCACAGAGCUUGUAUGAAUAGUGACUAUGAUAAAGUUGCUGAAUUGUUACAGAAGGAAGGAGUGAAUAUUAUUGCUACUGAUAAAAACAAGAGUACACCACUUCAUCUUGCUUGUACUGCUGGUAAUGAAAGAAUCGUGGAUCUUCUUAUUAAGAAAAUUGCUGACCGUCUUGCACCUGCUUUGCAAAGAAAUUUUAUCAAUUCAACUGAUGGAAAUGAAAACACACCACUUGGUAUUGCCUGUUAUAAAGGACAUACCCAGGUAGCUGAACUGCUAUUGAACCAUGGAGCUGAUAUCAACCACACUAAUAGCCAACAAGUAUGAGACAUUA